UUAUAGUUUUGUAACUUUUCACUCAGAUUCAGUACCAUUCCAUAAAGGCGAUGGUGGCGAGGCACAGUUAUUACGUGGCAUUCAAAUAGUAACAAAAAAUUUGCAUCCGGUCGGGAAUCUCGAAGCGGCAUGUAGGAGAAAACAUUUUAGAUCGCAAGGUACGCUAUCUGAUUUGUUGAGGAAUCCGAAACCGUGGUCAAAAUUGAAAAGCGGACGUGAAACAUUUAGACGAAUGGCAAAGUGGCUGCAGGAACCGGAAUUGCAAAGGAUGGCAGCACUUCGACUUGCGGGUAUGAGGUGUUUGUUUCAUCUUCACUGCGAUACUCCUUAAAA